AAUUAUGAAUAUGUGCACUUGUGAAAAUUGUAAUUCACCAUGUGUCCUUACUACGCGUGGUGACACUAUUGAUGGGAAAACGUGGGUCUGUAAAAGGAGGAUAUCAGUUCAUAACUCUUUGUUCUUCGAAAGAAGCCAUAUUUCACUGUACAAUAUCGUUUUGAUCAUUUAUUGCUGGUCACACAUGCGUUUCAUAAACAGUCGGACUACAGUCCUAGAUUGGUGUAAUUUCUGUUGUGAAGUAUGUGACGUUUGGCUUCAACAAAACCCAAUGGAAGUUGGCAGUGUUGAUGGUAAUUCAAUAAAGACGAGCAAGACAUUUGUUCACUUUUAUCUCCCCCUUAAUUUUUGUCUACUUUUUAAAACUCCUUAUACUUAACAAUUACCGCAAAAGUGACAAAUGAUGUUUCUCAUGAGAGAAACAUCUUAUCCUUCACUAUUCAGUAGUUUCAUAUAUCUUCAGCAGUUCUCAAAGUCGACUUGGGCGGAAUUUGAACUAAGAACGUCCUCAUGAUUUUGCCAGCUUACCGCCUCAAAAAAAUAUGGAAUUUCCCGGCAGGGAAUGAAAACAUCGCUUCCCGGGAGAAAGAGAGUUGGGAAAGUGAAGUGAAAUGACGUUUAUUUUUAGCAUUCACGGGUUCCACACAGUGAUCUCUCAUAUUGUUUAUAUUUAAAUAUAAACAAAAAAGAAAAGAAAGUGAGUAGAGCCAUCUGUUGGAUAAUUCAGGAAGUAAAUUUUAUAAAGGGAAACAACUUAGACAAACUGUCGUUUCCAACGGGUACUGUCUCGCUGUUCACAUUUUGAAAACGAAUAUCAGACAACUGUGACAUCAAAGAAUUUCUUACAUCAAAUUAAUCAUCAACAUUAAUUACCUCUUAAAGACUACAGAAAAACGUUACAUGCAACAAAUAUAUAACUCAAUGGUAAACUACAGUGAAAUAUUUCUUCUGAAUGAAGAUUAAUGGCAGCAUUUCUCUCCUGUACAGUCUGCAUUAUGUACGGGAUGAAAUUGCCUUCUCAUAAUUAAAUUUUGAUGAAGUUUCAAAUAUGUUUGUGGCAUUUUCAGAUAUUGAUGAAAAUCAGAAUUGAUGGAUUAUUAGCCAUAAAACAUUUGAAAUAAAUGAACAGUAAAAAGUGAAACAACAAAAUAAACAUUGUUCUGAGAAGAGAAAACUAUUGAAACAAUGAAUAAUGUUACAGACUUAAAGGAUUGAUACAUUAUUUUGUUGAAGAGAUGCAAAAAGAGACUGAAAAAUCUUCAUACCAUUGUGGUGUCUGUCAAAAAUCAUUUUCUCUGGAACGUAACCUCAUUAAACACAAAUGUAUUAAUAGAGAUGAGAAACCAUAUCGCUGUGAUAUCUGUGGUAAAUCAUUCUCUAAAAAUGAUGGUCUCAGUAGACAUAAACGUAUCCAUACAGGAGAGAAGCCAUAUCAGUGUGAUAUCUGUGGUAUAUCAUUCUCUGAAUUUGGUCACUUAAGUAACCACAAACGUACUCAUACAGGGGAAAAACCAUAUCACUGUGAUAUUUGUGGUAAAUCAUUCACUAGAAGUAGUCUCUUGACUACACACAAAUGUAUUCAUGCACGUGAAAAUCCUUAUCACUGUGAUAUCUGUGGGAAACCAUUCACUGAUAUUCACAACUUAACCAGACACAUCCGUAUUCAUACAGGAGAAAAACCCUAUCAGUGUGACAUCUGUGGGGAAUCAUUCUCUAGAAAUGAUGCUGUCACUAGUCACAAACGUAUUCAUACAGGAGAGAAGCCACAUCACUGCGAUAUCUGUGGUAAAUCAUUCUCUGAAUCUGUUCACUUAACUUACCACAAACGUACUCAUACAGGAGAAAAACCAUAUCACUGUGAUAUCUGUGGUAAAACAUUCUCUGAAUCUGGUCACUUGACUAAACAUAAACGUACUCAUACAGGAGAAAAACCCUAUCAGUGUGACAUCUGUGGUAAAUCAUUCUCUAGAAAUGACGGUCUCACUAAUCAUAAACGUAUUCAUAUGGGUGUGAAGCCAUAUCAGUGUGAUAUUUGUGGUAAAUCAUUCUCUCAAUCUGGUAACUUAACUAAACACAAACGUACUCACAGGUGAUUAGCUAUAUCAGUGUGUUAGAUAUUUUUCUGAAAGUACUCAUUUAACUAAAUCUAAGCACAUUCAUACAGAGAAGCUAUAUGACUGAUAUCUGUAGCGAAUCAUUCUCUCAACUGACUUUACUAAACACAUAUGUGUUCAUACAUGAGAAAGUCCAUAUCACUGUGACAUCCAUUGUAAGUCAUUCUAUAUAAAUGGUGCUUUAUGUAGACACAAACAUUCAUACACAAAAGAGGCCAUACCAAUGUGAUAUCUGUAGUAAAUCAUUCUGUAAUUUAAAUACCUUAGUUACAAACAUAUUUAUACAAGAAAUCAAUAUAGCUGUAUUAUCUGUGGUAAAUCAUUCACAUGAAGGUUUCAUUUUACUAAUUUAUGCAUUCAUAUGGGAGAUAAACCAUAUCACUGUGACAUCUGUGAUGUAUCAUUUUCUCAAAGAAACGUUUUACAUACUCACAAAUGUAUUCAGACAGGAGAAAAGUGAUAUUGUGAUAUCUCUGAGAAAUCAUUCCCUGGCAAAAGAUUAUCUCCCCACUUAGCUAUCCACUUAGAAGUAUAACUGUAUUAUUAUCCAAAUUCAUUAUCUCACACAAUGAUAAACCUCUCAAGUCAAUUUUUUAUUCACUGAAGCAAUAUGUACCCUCGACUCUUCCUAAUCAAUAAUCUUUUGUUUCCUAUUUUGAAAUAAUCUUUGAAAGCUUAAUGCUUUUCUUGAUGCCAGCCAUUUAGUCACCUUUUACAUUACAUAAGCAAGGCAUGCCAUACCUUUAUUGUAAAACCAAUAUACACAGUUAUCGUCUAAGUUUAUUUAGUGAGAAGUUAUGUAAUUAUGCUGUUUUACAUAUAACUACUACUGUGUUGACAUAAUUGUGGUAACUUUGGUAACUUACUGCUGUAUUAUUUGUAAUAAAAAUCGUUUAUUCAC